AUGUCUCAAACAAAAAAAUCAUAUGUCAUACGUUUUGCUAAUGAAUUGAAUAAUUUUCGUUCGAUGGAAUUCAAUGCAUUAGCAUCUUUAUAUAAAUUAGAUUUUAAAUUCAUUGAACCGAUAUCGGAAAAGCCAUUCAUGAUAAUCGAGACUGAUGAUGAAGCUGCCUUAUUGAAUUUAUUCAAUCGAAUCAUUUUAGCAACAAGUCUAUUCGAAUGUUGGGUUUCAUCAUCGGAUUUUGAUGAAUUUAUUGAUGAAGUAAAUAAUUGUUCACAAAUUCAUAAUGAUUAUUAUCGAAAUUGUUCAUUUCGUAUACAAGUUGAAGCAUUUGGUAGAAAAAUUUCACAACAACAAAAAAUUGAACGAAUCGAACGUUUAUCAGGUUUACCAUUGAAAGGAAAAAUUCGUAUGAUUAAUCCGGAUGUAACAUUUUAUUAUAUGGAAUAUUAUGGAUUAAAUCCUAAUCGACAACCCGAAAAACCAUAUCAAAUUUUAUUUGGAAAAUGGAUUACUGAUAGUAAUCGUAAAUUAUGUUCAACAUUUUCAUUGAAAACAAGAAAAUUUAUAGCCAAUACAUCGAUGGAUGCAACAUUAUCAUUUCUGAUGGCUAAUAUUGCUCAAAUCAAUAUAAAUGAUAUUGUUUAUGAUCCUUUUGUCGGUUCCGGUAGUAUACUGGUAUCAGCUGCUUAUUUUGGUGCCUAUGUUUGUGGUACAGAUAUUGAUUAUCCAUUAUUACAUGGUAUGAUAAAACCAACAAGAGUUGGUGCUCAACAACGUGGUGAUGAUGAAUCUGUACAUGGAAAUCUUAAACAAUAUAAACUUGAAUCCAGAUAUAUUGAUGUUAUUGCUGGUGAUUCAUCAUUACCAUUAUUUCGUAAUGAUAUUGAAUUCGAUGCAAUUAUUACUGAUCCACCAUAUGGUAUACGAGAAUCACGUGAACGUAUUGGUACGAAAAAAUCUGAUCCAACCAUACCGAUUGAAUAUCUUGAUCGUCAUUUACCAGCUAAAUUACAAUAUAAACUUGAUGAUAUUUAUAAUGAUUUAUUAAAUUUUUCUGCACAACAUUUAAAACCAAAUGGUAUUGUUAUAUUUUGGGCACCAUAUUUUAAACCAAAAUAUGAUCAUCAAGAUCCGGCUAUACGUUUUCAACAUGAAAAUCUUCGUUUAUUAUCAUUUGGUGAACAAAAAUUAACAAAAAAUUGUUCAAGAAUAUUGGUUGUAAUGCAAAAAAUUCUGAAAUAA